AUGUCAUCAUCCACAGCCUACCACCCCAGCAGGCCCAUGCUGUCUACGCACCACUCAGACUAUUCCCAACAUCACCACCACCACCACCAUCACCAACAGCAGCCUCAGACUCACCACACACAGCCUCCUCUUGAUCAUAGGAGGAGCUUCCAUGGCAUCAUCGACAGCAACCGCCUGCCUCUCCGCGAUACCACGGGCAAUGGCCAGUCCUCAUAUCACAGCAGUGUCGUGAACUGCUACCCACCAAAUGGCAUCCUCUCACCGUCAUCGAUGCCGUCCUCCUCCUCACACAAUGCCCUGACUCUGCCGCCGCCGCCCCAGGCACAGCAUGCGCCGUCUUCGAUACUGCCCUCACAAUCCUUCGACUCUCUGCAACGGAUACAGCGUCCGCCACCGCCCCCCCUGCAACGGUUCGGCCAGGUCCAGCCGAGGGGGAAGUCGAGGGCUAGCAUCAAUCCUCUCUACUUCUGGCAGGCGUUCAAGCAGUACCGCAACCGGCAAGCACACAAGGACGUGCAAAAGGACAAGGGCGGCGUGUGGCGACGGACAGAGUUGGAGGAUGCCUUUGUCGACUCUGUGCUGUUGAUGCCACACAUGGGCCGCCGCAAGUUCUCCAUGGGCGGCAAGCUCCACGGGCGCAACAUGCUCAUCAGCGAGUACAUCUUUGUCAUUUGCGUGCAGCUGCUCGGCAGCAAGGAGAUUUUCCGCAUCGACAAUUCCAACGACAGCAUCGAGCAGAUGGGCCGCAAGCAGGUGUCCUCCCACAUGCAGGUCGUCAAGAAGUUCUUUGACGACCUGCGGUGCUUCCACUUUUUGUUCCCCGCCGAGGACAAGAAGGAGCCCGGCACGACCAACUCGGAUGACUACUAUGACGACGAAGAGCAGGAGAGCUUCAAGGCGAACCCGGUCUUGACGGCGCUUGCCGAGGGCCGUGUGCCCGAUGUGAGGCCCAACUAUGAGUACUUUUCCCAGUUGCUUGCUCUGCAGUCGAGCAUCACGAUCCGACCCAAGGCGGUGGAGAUUUUCGUGUCGUCGCCCGACGUCAAGAUCAAGGACGACGUUGCCUACGAUGCCAACGAUGAGCCCCUGAGCACAGAGUCCUUCCCUCAUCUGGCCAAGCAUCUCAACUCUGAUGAGAGGUCGAAUGUGCUUGGCAAGGAUGUUCUCCUGCAUGAGUACACCCGGUCUAUUGACAGCACAACGUCCGCUUGCGUCAAGACUGUGACUCGCCGGUGGCAGAAGGAUGCGCCCGCGCUCUAUGAGACUCUUGACUUGCCCGCCAGGGAUGAGGACUGCCUCUUGGUAGAGAUGUGCUCGACUGUCGACCUCCACAAGGAAGCCAAGUUUCCCUCUGGCUCGGAGUUGACAGGCUUCGUCGAGGUCAGCGUGACCCUGCCCCACCUGCAGCAUCACCGCUGGAAAUGUGUCACCAAGUUGACGCGGCCGGCUGAGCUGGAUCCGGAUGGCACCAAGCCGGAAGUCUACGUUAAUGAGUCUGGUAUCCACCACCCUGGCUGCAACGAUUCCAAACCCAACUGCGAUUGCCAUCAUCGUCCACGCGCCAACAUUCACGUUCCCUUCCCAGCCGUUGAGUGGGCUUCCCUACUCAGCACUGCCGUGCAGUAUCCCGAUGUGGAGCAUGAGCGCAAGAAGGCCGAGCGCGCCAAGUCGUCUGGCGCGGAACGAUCCUCCAGUAAGCGCAAGCGCGGCUCAGAAGACGAGGGCGAUGCUGCCGAGUGGGCGCGUCGUGAGUACACCGGCAGCGAUCUCAUGUGCAAGGUGGCCAUGUAUCAAGAGCUGUGGUCUUGCGCCGAUGAUCAGAACGGCAAGUGGACACGCCAGGCCAUAAUCUUCUGGCGUUUCAGCACCACGAACCAGUGGUACAAGUACAACCCCGUCUUCCGACCCGCUGGCACCGUCUGGCGCUGGUUGACGGUCAAUGACCCCAUGAGCAAGUACCACCAGUCCAAGGCACUCAUCUACCCCAACGCCACCGCGCAGAGGGAUGCGGUGAUGAGCCCAACCCCCAGCGUGAGCCAGCAUAUUACGGCCGCCAUGAACGAGACCUUCUCGUCUGCUUGGGACAGCAGUGCACUCUCCGCCGUACCGGGGAGCAACAGCAUGGGCAACAUGUUUGAUGGUUUCUCUAGUGGCCUCGCCACGCCUCCCCCGAGUGCAAGCUUGCAUGGCUCCUACUCGGCCAGCGGUAGCUUCGACGCGACCAACGGCUUCCUGCCAUCGUCCACCUGCGCAUCGGAGCCGCAGAGCCUGGUCGCGAGCCACACGGCGCCUCAGACGCAGUACUUUGACAGCGUCGCGACAUCAUACAUCCCCGGCCCUCCCCCACAGCUGGAUCUGAGCACGCAACUGCCCUACGACGCUGGGGCGCACCAUCACCAGCCGUCGAGCGCUGGUGGACUGCAGGGCUGGGACAUGGGCUCCUUGGAGGGCUGGUCUGCGCCACCUACCGCGCCGCCUAGCGUGACACCAACGGGAUCAGACUGGUCGGCGGGCCCCGGCAAGGAGUGGUCCGCCGCGCCAGGGAAGAUGGACGCGCCGCCGAGUGUAUGGAAUAAUGUGCAGUGGAGGGAUGACACGAGUCCGCGCCCUGUGAAGCGACGCAGGGGCGACGGACUAGACGGGAUUUCCGUGACGGCGGGAUGGUGA